UUUCUUCAACGACUCAACGACAAUCGACAACGAUAUUAUGUCGAAUAUUUUUUUUAUUCUCUUUCAAAUGGUCUCAUAAAAAUAUUGCCGUAAAUAUAUGUGGUAUUUUAAAUUAUUAUUUCACUGUCGCUAAUUGCGGGAUUAAUUAAAAGCCAUACGACAGGUAAACCAUCUCAAGAAUGCCAUCAACACACUUAAACUUGCGCGAAGACGACGUCAUUCGUCUGGCACUCGAGUUUCUCCACAACCGCGACUUGCACAUCACGCAACUAUCGCUUGAGCGUGAAACCGGCGUCAUCAACGGAAAUUACGCCGACGAUGUGCUCUUUCUGCGACAACUUAUCCUUGACGGACAAUGGGACGAUGUUCUCGAAUUCAUCCAACCAUUGAGCGCUCUAAAAGCCUUUGAAGCAGACAAAUUUAACUAUGCUAUACUCAGGCAUAAGUACAUCGAACUUCUCUGCAUCAGAUCUGAAAUCAAAGCUUACAAUAACGUUGAGAACAUUGUAGAUGAAGUUGUCAAAGUACUUAGCGAGUUAGAGAAACUUGCACCCACAAAGGAAGAAUACUCCAAUCUCUGCUUACUGCUAACUCUCCCAAGUAUCACAGAUCAUGCACAGUUUAAGAAAUGGAAUCCAAGUAAUGCGAGAGUACAAUGCUUCCGAGAAGUAUAUCCCUUGGUGGAGCAGUUCUUACCUUGUGACAAGAAAUCGACUGGCACUGUGGCAAAGUGCGCUAAAAAUGAUCGCUUAAUGCAAUUACUUAUCAAAGGUAUAUUGUACGAGUCGUGUGUAAAUUACUGUCAAGCUAAAGCCACUGGAUCUAAAGAAGCUCAGUCAAAUGAAGUUAACUUUUCCCAGCUACUUGAUGGCUCAGGGUUUGAUGAAUCCGACUUGAGUCUUCUAUCAUGGCUGCAGUCAAUCCCAGCUGAGACAUUUAGUGUACCAUUUGAACAAAGAAUGCUAAAUGUGGAUGUAGAGAAAUUAGAUCGUCCAUCCUUACAUACGUCAUGGACCGAGCACAUGCUUGUAACGCCUAUAAAACCUCGGACAUUCCCGCACUUGGCGAUGCCGUUUAGGCGGCCUCGGUCCGCUGCGGAUGCUAUGACGCGAUCCUUGCGUCCCCUGCCUGAUGGUGCACCUCGACAUACUGCGCUAAUGGCUCUUUCUGCUAUAGACUAUGGCCCCUCAUCCUCUUGCUUUGCUGGUUUUCAUCUCACUGGCAUAAAAGGGAGCAAAUUGAUGAAUACGUCUGUAGACAGACUGUUUGAUAAUAAAAAUGCCGACAGUAUGUACAAUGGUAUUAAUGAAACAUUAAAGCCAAUUGAGGAGCAAUUGAAACCUACGGGAGAUGUUGCCUUGUCCACAAAAACAACUGAAUCAAAUAGCAUUGGUGCGUCGAAUGCUACCACUCCGGAGCAUAGGGGACAAGAUUACUCUGCGUCUACUUCGAUAUCAACUACAGCUGCGUCUACCGAGCGUUCCUCUCUUGCUGAACGUGCGCCACUGGAUAUAGAACCAAAGCUUAUGCCAACUCUGGAUGGAGAUUUCCGCCGAGAAUUGCUAAAGGAAUAUCAAAUUCAAAAGCAGCGUGAAUGCGAUGACUAUAUACGGAGCUUAUGCUCCUCUGAAUUACGAGCGCCUAAGCCGAUGGAACAACAAGGUGAAGCAUCAUCUGACCUCACCCAAUCCAUUAGACUGCCACAACAGGUGAAUCAAGAAACCUCCGUUGAAUGUAAACAGCCUUACAGCAAAUUCGAACCGGGAGAGCUGGCACAAAAUCUGGAAGGAUUGAUGACAACCACCCGGAAUGGAGGUCAUCAGAAUGCACCGGUAUCGCCAUCUGGCGGCGCAAGUGUCGGUCUGGGGGCGGACGUCAACGGAUCCAGACCCACCUUUAAGCCUGUCACCGUGCUCGAAGACCUGCAAGCCGUGCGUUGCGCAGAAUUCCAUCCAAAUGGCAAAUUGUAUGCCGUGGGUUCUAAUACCAAAACCCUUAGGAUAUGCACCUACCCCAAAAUCGAUGAUAUCAAGGAUAUCAGUGCACCAACAGCUCCGACAGUUCUACUGAAACGCACAAAACACCAUAAGGGUAGCAUCUACUGCCUCGCAUGGAGCCCUGCCGGCGAUCUGCUGGCUACUGGCUCCAACGACAAGACUGUCAAGUUGAUGAGAUUCAACAGCCACACCUGUAAUCUGGAAGGACAAGAGGUGGAACUUACCAUGCAUGAUGGUACAGUCCGAGAUGUAUGCUUCAUAGAGGACACCUCGAAUAAAACGAGUCUUUUGGUCAGCGGCGGCGCUGGCGACUGCAAGAUUUAUGUUACCGAUUGCGCCACAGGAAAGACAUUCCAAGCUCUGAGUGGACAUUCCGGCCACGUUCUUUCACUGUACAAUUGGGGUGGUGCGAUGUUUGUAUCCGGUAGCCAGGACAAGUCUGUGCGCUUUUGGGAUUUGCGUACUGGUGGAUGCGUUAACAUCAUCGCACCGCCAACUGGGCUUGCCAGUAAGGGUUCUGCGGUGGCAUCACUAGCUGUAGACCCUAGUGGUCGUCUGCUUGUGUGCGGUCACGAUGAUGGUUCGUGCGCACUGCAUGAUGUCCGCGGCUCCAGAGCACUUCAACGCUUCUCUCCGCACUCUGGUGACGUCAGAAGUGUUCGUCUCUCGCCUGGCGCUUAUUACUUACUUACUGCCGGGUAUGAUGGUCGAGUUGUGCUCACAGAUCUACAAGGUGAUCUAACGUGCGCGAUGCCAAGUGUACCAGUCGCUCGACAUCCUGAUAAGGUGAUAUCAGCUAGAUGGCAUCCGGAUGACUUCUCAUUCCUGUCCACGUCAGCGGACAGGACCGCCGUACUUUGGACCAUACCACCAGUGUAAGAGCACGCACUUAGAGCUCUAUAUAAUUUGGUCCUUAUUCCAAUUUAACUUGAUGUUACUUUAAGACACUUUAAUUAUAAUCUCAUAAAUUACUGAUAAAUGUAUUGAUAUCUCAAAAUAUAUAACUAUGAUAAAUAAAUCCUUAAUAUAGAGACGAGUAGAGGACUUAAGGCCUCCGAAGUUUUUUGACUUGCAUGUUUUAAAAAA